AUGGCUAGAGGUACUCUCAAUUCGUAUGUUUGCGCCCGAUGCGCCCGAAAUUUACUUACCCAACACACCCGAGCUCCCACUAUCGUGCACCGAAGGAAAUACGCCACCAAGCCCGCUAGUACUCCAGCCGACGAGGAACUCAAGCAUAAUCAUGCGAAUCAUAACGAUGGAAAUACCGACCCUGAGCUCGGUCCUAUGACCCGCCGUCUCCAAGAAGCGACAGAAGAAGCGUUAUUUACUGGGGGCAGGGCGGGCCGACGGGCAGUAGAAGAUGCAGGCUUCUCGGAGGAACUGAAAGAACGCCUAUUUGCGAAAAUGAAAGAUGCGGAAUUUCGAUCCGAACACGCAGCAGCUUUCGCUGAAGCCGGUACGCCGUCCGCAGCGGGUGCCAGCACCCGCGCCACAGCUACGAGUCAGCCAUGGACGGGUACCGAAACCACCGAAGACGCCGUCCUUCGAAUGCUCAACGAUGCCCAUAAACCUUUGAAGCGCGAACUACGAGGUCGUCCCCGGAUACCCGAUCUCCAACCGGUCGACAUGCGAGUGAAACAAGAACCCAAGAUGAAGGCCGGGCAUAGAGCUGCUAACGCAAGGGACAAGGCUUCCAUAUACGCGGGCAUGGGCAUGAAGGAAUUGGAGGAAGGCCUAAGUGAAGAAGAGAGAGAAACGAUGCGAAAAGAGUUACGCGACCGCUUUAGACCCGCCGCCCGAGCGCUACCAAAUACACUGACAGGGCUGGCCUCGUUAGCGAAUGAGAGGAUUGAAGAUGCCAUCGCAAGAGGUCAAUUCAAGAACAUUCCGAGGGGAAAGGGUGUCGAGCGUGAUACUAGAAGCGACAAUCCUUUUAUUGAUACAACUGAGUACAUCAUGAACAAGAUGAUCAAGCGGCAAGAGAUAGUACCACCAUGGAUUGAGAAGCAGCAAGAGCUGGCGAAAGCGGUGCAUGUGUUUCGGGCCCGGCUGCGAAGCGAUUGGAAACGGCAUGCUUCCCGGAUGAUAGCAAGUAAGGGCGGCUCUCUAGAGGAUCAGAUGAAUAGAGCAAGACGAUAUGCGAAAGCCGAAGAAUUACACAACCCACGGAAACGGAACGUCGAUCAGAUCGCAGUGCCUACCAAUUCAACAGAUGACCCUGUUAUGGUCAAAAUACGACGGCAAGCACCCUUGGAAGCAAACGCCGAAUCGGUGCCGGAAACGGCUGAUAGUGGGGUGGCAUCUCAGAAUACACCGUUGCCGCCUCCUUUCCGAGACCCCGACUGGCUAACCACGGAGCAAAAAUACAUGGACCUCUCAAUCAGCAAUCUCAACACCCUCACGCGCUCAUACAAUUUGAUGGCCCCUGAGUUGGCUAAGAAGCCAUAUUUUUCACUUGAACGAGAGCUAAGCAAUUGCUACGCCGACGUUGCACCUCAACUCGCAGAUGCUAUCAAGGAUAGAGCUAUUAGACCAUCGAAAUCUCUCAUAGAUGGAAUCGGACAAACUCCGAAUGGUAUUUUUGACCGGUUUGGAAAAGGCGGCCACACCACAAAAGUAUACGAUUCUAAAGCUCCCCACUAUGGGUUCAAGGAGAUGUGGCGGGAUAUGUGGAAUCGCUAA